CUCGGCCCUUUCCGCCCCGCUCCCGCCCCGCGCCCGGGUCGCUGCGCUGAGACCCAGCCGCCCCCCCGCCGCCGCCAUGAUCAUCUACCGGGACUGCAUCAGCCAGGAUGAGAUGUUCUCGGACAUCUACAAGAUCCGGGAGGUGGCGGACGGCCUGUGCCUGGAAGUGGAGGGGAAGAUGGUCACCAGGACAGAGGGUCAAAUUGAUGACUCUCUAAUUGGUGGCAAUGCCUCUGCUGAAGGUCCUGAGGGAGAUGGAACAGAAGCCACGGUCAUAACUGGUGUUGACAUAGUAAUUAACCACCACCUUCAGGAGACCAGCUUCACAAAAGAAUCCUACAAGAAGUACAUCAAGGAUUACAUGAAAGCAAUCAAAGCCAGACUUGAGGAACACAAGCCAGAGAGAGUAAAGCCUUUCAUGACUGGGGCUGCAGAACAAAUCAAACACAUCCUUGCCAACUUCAAAAACUACCAGUUCUUUGUAGGGGAGAACAUGAAUCCAGAUGGAAUGGUGGCUCUCCUGGAUUUCCGUGAGGAUGGUGUGACCCCAUAUAUGAUUUUCUUUAAGGAUGGCUUAGAAAUCGAGAAAUGUUAACAAAUCAAACAAUAUGGUUUUGGAUCACUUGUCUACAUAGCUGGCUACUGUUUCUUCUUCAUCAGCACAACACCUGGAAUCAGCAAUGUCUAACAACUGGACUGAUGUCAUCUUGAGCUUUAUUCACUUAUUUUUGACCCUGAUUUGGAGUGGAGGCAUUGUUUUCAAAAACAACAAAAAAAUCUAUCAUGUAGGUUGUCUAAAAUAAAACUCAUUUAAACCCA